AUGGAAAUUAAAACAAGCAACAGAGACUCAACUCAGCACUUAUUUGAACUUCUUACCAAGCAAAAUCAUUUGCAACUGGUCGUACAUGGAGAUAACACCAGCAGAAGCAACACCUCUCAAAAUGUUAGCACCGGCACCCUUGAACAAGGACUUAACACCACCAGUAGCAAUGAUUUGGGUGAGAGCAUCGAAACCGUUCUUGUACUUGACGGCUUGACCAGAGGUCAUCAUCAUUCUUCUUCUGACAGUGUCCAAUGGGUAAGCAGCAGUAGAAGCACCAGUGGUAACAGUCCAACCAAGCAAGAAGGAAGCAAUGAAGCUGCCCUCAAGAGGACCAAUCAAAACGACAGGCUUAAGGGAGUCGUAGAGACCGAAGUAAAGACCUCUGUAGACAAUGAUACCGACGACAGAUGGCAAGAAACCUCUGUAAAGACCGGCGAUACCGUCAGUAGCAAGAGUCUUUCUGUAAACGUCAACAAGACCAUUGAACUCUCUCUCACCACCCUUAGAGGACUUAGCGUCGUUUGCCAAUCUGGUUCUGGCGUAAUCCAAAGAGUAAACGAAGAGCAAAGAAGUGGCACCAGCAAGACCACCGGAAGCCAAGUUACCAGCGAACCAUGGCCAGUAACCCUCCUCCUUCUUGAAACCAAACAUCUUCUUGAACUUGUCCUUGAAAGCAAAGUUCAAAGCUUGGGUUGGGAAGUAUCUGAUAACGUUGGCGGUGUUACCUUUCCAGAAAGAAGAGAGACCCUCCUCAGCGAAAGUUCUCUUGAAACAUUCACCAAUACCGUUGUAUCUCUUAGCGAGUCUACCUUGUUUGAUCAUCUCGUCUUGGUUUUGGAUCAAAAGUUUGACUCUCUCGAUUGGGGCGGCACCGGUCUUAGCGACAGCGGCGGAGACACCUCCCAUCAUGAAGUCGACGAAGAAAGAGGACUUGUUUUCAGACAUUUGCAAUUAAUGAUUCAACUGAAAUCUUUAAAAAGAAAAACUGUUGCGAAAAGGAUUCGUUCAAAUUUAAAUACUUGUCGCAGCCUUACCUCUGGCAGUCUUGUGGGCAACCAUACCUCUGACAGCCUUGUAGAGGAUUCUGGAUGGAGCUCUGAAGUGGAAAGGUCCUCUGGUGGCGUUGAAUCUAGUUCUCUUUCUCAAGUAAUCGUGGUACUUCAACUUGUUUCUGAAGAAUUCACCAGAGAUGUUGAGAGCCUCGCAUCUCACAACAACGAUCUUUUGGCCGUUGAGAAGUUCCUUGGCGAUGGUGGAUGCCAAUCUUCCCAACAAAUGUCCUUUUCCGUCAAUCACGACAACCUUCUCGAAAGAGCUCAUCUUGCUUUCUUCAAGUUUUCACCACUAAUUUUUUAUCUUUAUUUUUCAUCCAAGGAAAUUACGCCUUACACCAGAGCAGUCACAAGUUUUUUUCGUUACCUCCUACCUAGUUUUCGUUACACCCAUACACCAGAACCCGGUCUCCAGUGGUACUCCCAGAAACCUUGCAGCUGGUGUCUCCAAGCGAUAUAA